AUGUUUCUUGUACUUAAUGAACUCAAGAAUGUAGGUGAAGACAGACUUGCAAACUUCAACGCUUUGAAAUCAAUUAUUACGGAUAAUGAGAUUAGAAUUAAUGAAAAGAAUCAACCCAGAAGAACUGCUCAGAAUGUUGCAAACUUCAUUUUCGUAACUAACAACGUCUACCCUGUCAAAAUUGAAGUUGGAGACAGAAGAUACGUGGUUUUAAGGGUCAAUGGUAAAUUCAAGGGUCAAUUUAAUUACUUCAAGAAUUUGAUGAAUUCAUGCACAAAGGAAUUUUAUGAUAACCUUUUAACAUAUUUUAUCAAUUACGACCUUUCAUCAUUUAAUGUACGAAUCAUACCGAUGACUGAAGCCAAACAAGAUUUAAUUGAAUUAUCAACAAAUCCUUUAGAUGUAUGGAUAAAUACACAUUAUGAUGAAUUGUGUACAGGUAUGACGUGUAAAAAUGCUCUAUUCUGCAAACCAUCAGACAUGAAAGACAAGAAUUUUCAAAUGAGCAUUAAGGAUAAAUGUGAUAGGAAACAAAGAAAAAUAGAUGGUAAACAAACAUGGUAUUAUGUUUUGAAAGAAGAAAUGAAAGGAUUAUAUAAACAGGUUGAACCAAACGAUAAUGAGGAUUCAUUUACUGACGAUGAAAUACCUGUAAAUGAAGCUUUAUAA